CAGGCUAAAAAUAAAAUUUCCCAUGCGUUUUGUUGGGUUAUUUUGGAAAAUUCUCUCAAAAGUAAAUUCAGUCAUUUUACGAAUUUUACAUAAGAACAAUCGGAAGUAAUACGAAAAAAGUCUCCGUCAAAAAAUCGAAUAGAAACAAAAAAUAUAUAUUUUUUACCUAUUUUUCUUGCCUGUAUAAACGAAAAAGAUUGAUAUUCUUAAAUUUUUUUUAACUUUCAGUAUUUAAAAAAAUAUAUUGUGCUACAUAAUUAAUUGUUUUAAGAAAAGAAAAAAUCACUUAAAAUGGAUAUAUCUACAGAUAUUUGGGGACAAUUAGCAGUGGAAGCAUCUCAAGUAUACCUAUCUGACGGAACAUACCGGAGUCCAUUUGCUAACACGACAAUCGAAAAACUUCCCGAUAAAGUUCUGCUGCAUAUCUUCUCUUACUUAUCGCAUCGUGAGAUCUGUCGAUUGGCUCGAAUUUGCCGUCGUUGGAGGCAAGUUGCUUAUGACACCAGAUUAUGGAAGAAUGUCUCCUUGCGACCAGAAGUAUCAGGUCUUCAUGUCGGAUCUUUGGAAUCAUUGUUGGCAUUGAUUUCAGUGCGUUUCGGACCAACUUUGAGAUACAUUGAACUUCCCAUCGAAUUGAUCACACACACCGUUCUCCAUGAACUUUCAGCAAAGUGCCCAAAUCUUACUCAUAUGCUUUUGGAUUUCUCAACAGCUAUGCAACUUCAUGAUUUCAGUGAAAUGCAAGCUUUCCCAACAAAGUUGCGUUACAUGUGCAUUUGCUUGUCUGAAGUCAUCUUCAUGGAGGGUUUCAUGAGAAAGAUUUAUAAUUUCAUCAACGGUUUGGAGGUCCUUCACUUGAUUGGAACUUAUGAGAAGUGUGAAGAAGAGGAAGAAGAAAUCUAUGAAGUCAUCAAUGUGCAUAAACUCAAGUCAGCUACACCAAAUCUUCGAGUGAUCAAUCUUUAUGGCAUUAAUUUCAUUGAUGACUCUCACAUUGAUGCAUUCAGUUCGAAUUGUAUUCAACUUGAAUGUUUGGCUGUGAAUUUCUGCAACAAAGUUACAGGUUCAACUUUGAAGGCUUUAAUUCAGCGUUCAAAACAGCUUACUUGCCUUUUAAUGAACGGAACUAGUCUAAAGUCGGAGUAUGUAAUGCAGACCGAUUGGGAAAAGUGUGCUCUGCAAGAAUUAGACAUAACUGCCACUGAUUUGUCUACUGAAUGUUUGAUCGAUAUGCUCACUAGAAUUCCAGCUUUGAAAUUCUUGUGCGCUGGUCAGAUAAAUGGAUUUACUGAUUCUGUACUCAAGGCUUGGAUGGAGUCUGGAAUGUCAAGAUCCUUGAUCUCUUUGGAUUUAGAUGCCUCCGACAAUUUAACAGAUGAAUGUUUACAGAAAUUUCUGUCUAGACAUGGAAGUCAACUGAUUGCAUGUAGUUUGUCUGGAAUGCCACAUAUAACUGAUCAAUUGUGGAUGAGCAUUCUUCCAUUGCUAACUAAUGCAAAGAUUCUUGUGAUGGGAACUUCAGAAAAACUUGGAGUUAAUAUUCAUGUUGAUCAACUUAUGGAUAAUAUUGCAUCAAAUUGUGGCAGUUUGGAGCGUUUGGAACUCAGAUGGGAUCCUGAUAAUUUACGUUUCUCUGACAAGAGUCAAAAGGCUAUUGAUUUGCUGCGUGUUAAGUGCUUGAAACUGAGGUGCAUGGUUUUGAGUGAUGGACGCUAUUACGAAACAGUGAAAGCCAAUUUCGAACGUGCCGAUCGUGUCACAGUCGUCCGUACAACAACCUGUUGCCGGGUAUCCCCCUAUCAUUUGCUGCAAAAUUACAACGAAUUAAUCUUCAACUGAGACGACACAACAAGAAAAACAAAAUAGAAAAUCUCCUCCUUCUUUUUUGCCAUUGAUUCUAGUCAAAAUAAUUUUUUCAUGUUUUUGUUUAUACACAAAUGAUGUAUGUGUUAUAACUGUUUUCUUUGUAAAAAUGACAAAAAAAAACAUUAUCAUAAAUUAAAAUCGUAUUAUUAAAUAAUAUAUUUUAUUCAUCCUUUAAAAUUGUGUUUUGUU